GCAUCAGUUGUCCAACAACAGUUACACCGCUAACAACGUUCUCCAAAACAAUAUUAUAUAUAUUAAUAUAUUACGAACUUGUGACUAUACCAUUCUCAAGAAAUCUCAAAAUGGGCAGCACACAUUCCGCUGAGAAGGUAAAGAGCGUCGAGGACUCGACCAGUCCUGCAAAUCCUGGCAUCUUCUGCACUCCCCUGCCCGGUUUUAUAAGCAACAUCCAGAGACUCGUCCUCCGCAAACUGAGCAUCUCGGCCAGAAAACAAAAGCGACUAAACAAGCGCUCCAAGCAUCUCCUGCGCCCCAUGCCACGCUGCUCGUCCUUCGGAUCCUGCGGCACCCUACUGACGCCCACCAAGAAGUCCGCAUCCAACAUAGCCGAUCGCCGCUACGCCCAAUGGAAGUGCAGUUUCGAGCAUCUGGCCCAAAAGCAGCCGCGUCUCCAUGACAUCAGCGAGGCCAUGACCGGACAGACCACACCACGCGGCUUCCCCUCCCACACGGAUCCCAAGAGGUGUCUGAUGGUUAUGGACUCCAGUUCGCCGGAGUCACCGCUCUACGACAUGGUCGGUGGGCAGAAAGUUCGCCGCCGCCUGAGUCUGCGCAGCCACGCCCUUGUGCGACGCCCAUCAGCCCGCCAGAAGGCCGAACAGGCCAAGCUGGACGCCCAGUUUCAGCGGGAUCUGCGCGAUCUGGAGGAUUACUACGGUGGAUUCCACUUUGCCCAGCGCCGCGAGCGAUUGGUGAAGGUUUAAGAUAAGAUAAAAAGAUUAACAUAGAGCCAUUUGUAUAGCCAAUAUUGUGAUAGCUCGUAAGCCCAAAAAAAAGUUCUGAAUAAAAUUCAUAUUG